GGAAUACUUUAAAGAAAGUCAAGAGUAAUUACACAAACAUUAUGGCAAUGUAUCCACUGUUUAUUUCAAUCUUGUUAAGUUAGGCGGUCCAAAAUCCAUGAAAUGCCCGCAGGCAGCUGCAAGGCGAGGCAAAGAAGAUCUUGCAGAGAGGAUACGAACACAGAUACUGAUACUGAUUCUAUAAAAGACUGUAAGAGAAGUGAAUCAGUGAUGGUGUGAUAUGGUUGGGUGGGAUGAUGGAGGCUGACUGAAUCAAAUCCAUAGGAACCCGAAAAGGAUCACGAAAUAUCUGUGAUCUACUUUGAUAUUAUCCCCCCACCCUCUUGCUGUGAAUAUUUAGUCCUUUUUUCUCUCUGUAACAUUUUGCCUCUCGAGUCUACUCACCUAACAACAUAUUUCACAUUCACUGUGUUGUCGGCUUCUCAUUCUCACUAUAAAUACGCAUCAUAAAACGUUCAUACAACUCCUGUGAGUUUGUUUCCUUUGUGUUUUAAUUGUAAGACUUUGUUGGAAAAUAAAGGGUCUGUGUUCUUUAGCCCCCGUGUUAGUUAUUUGCUGCAAGAAAAGCUUUUAUUACAGUUUCAGUUAUUCGUACACAGGCCUCCCUCUUGCUCUACCUUGGGGGGAGAAUAUGGAUGGUGGUGGUGGGUCAAGGGAGAAUGUGAUGGUGGGGGGAGCAUAUACAGAAGAACCCCAUGUUUUAGCUGUUGAUGACAGUCUCGUUGAUCGAAAACUGGUGGAAAGACUGCUCAAGAACUCUUCCUGCAAGGUGACUACUGCGGAGAAUGGGCUGAGGGCGUUGGAGUAUUUGGGCCUGGGAGAUGAGAAAAGGACUUCCUUGGAGGAUAAUGUCUCAAAGGUGAAUUUGAUAAUUACAGAUUAUUGCAUGCCAGGAAUGACAGGGUAUGAGCUACUCAAGAAAAUAAAGGAAUCGUCAAUGCUGAAGAAGAUUCCUGUUGUGAUUAUGUCUUCUGAGAAUAUCCCAACCCGUAUUAACAAGUGCUUAGAGGAAGGAGCACAGAUGUUCAUGCUAAAGCCCCUCAAACAAUCAGAUGUGGUGAAAUUGAGAUGUAAUUUGAUGAACUGCAGAAGUUAAUUAUUAUGUUCAUGGUGGGUUUUUUUAAGAACAUUAGUGAUCAAUAUUACCAGAGGAAUGAAGCCAGACAAUGAACAAUCCUCCGCAGUCCACAUUUUGUUAUCACUAGAUGAACUUGGUUUAAGCUAUAAACCAAAUCGAUUUUGAUUUUGUUCUUUAGUUAAAAUGACUUCAAUGACUUCCUUGCCGCAUUUAUGGCUUUUACAUUUCUGUUUUUCAGGCAGGUGUUGAGCUUUGACCUUUCUGAAUGAUUAAUAAUGGCCUGCUUUUUAGUUCACUUCUGGGCCUUGCACCCAUGCCAAGAAAUUUUGUUACCCAUAUCCAUCUUUGAAUCUACAGAUCCUUCUAAACUGA